AUGGCGGAUUCCAACGCCCCCAAGCCGAGCAGCAGCGUCAAGCUCGUGCUCCUAGGAGAGGCCGCAGUGGGAAAGUCGUCUUUGGUCCUCCGGUUCGUCAACAACGACUUCCAGGAGAACAAGGAACCUACUAUCGGUGCGGCUUUCUUGACCCAGAAAUGCAACCUUCCCACACGGACGAUCAAGUUUGAGAUUUGGGACACCGCCGGCCAAGAGCGCUUCGCUUCCCUCGCCCCGAUGUACUACCGAAACGCACAGGCAGCACUCGUAGUCUACGAUCUCACCAAGCCCACCUCUCUCAUCAAGGCGAAACACUGGGUCGCCGAGCUGCAACGACAAGCCUCCCCGGGCAUCGUCAUUGCCCUCGUCGGCAACAAGCUGGAUCUGGCGGGAGAGUCGGCCACCGCUGAUGGAGAGGAUGCGGACGACGGCGAAGCAUCCGGCGACGCCCGCAAGGUAUCAACUGAGGAGGCACAGGCAUACGCGGAGGAAGAGAACCUGCUGUUCUUCGAGACCAGCGCCAAGACGGGCCACAACGUGUCCGAAGUAUUCACAGCGAUUGCAAACGCGAUUCCAGAGACAUCGCUGAAAUCCGCGAGGGGUGCUGCCGCCGCAGGGGCAGGCAGCAACCGUGCGGGCGAGGAGCAAAGGGUGAACCUGGGCAACCCAAGAGAGGCGGGCGCCAAGGAUGGCUGCGCAUGCUAA